GGCUAUAAAGGCACGGGGUGGGACGCGGGGCUGAAACCUGCGCUAAGGGACGGCAUGGCUGCUGCGCUCAUCGUGCUGCUGGCUCUGGGGGCUGCCAUGCAGGUGGCAGUGACUGAGCUGCCGCAUGAUGAGCACCAGGCCGUGGCUGCUGGGAGCCGCUGGGAGCAGCAAUGGCACCUGCUGGAGGACGGCUCAGCUGCGUGGGACGCAGAUGAAGGAGAUGCAAUGGGACUGGGCAAGGGGAUUAAAUGCAGAGCCUGCGUCACUCUGGUGAAGAAGCUGCAGAAGAUUGUAGGUGACGACCCUGAUGAGGGCCGGGACCCACAGGAGGCCAUCAACACAGCGCUGGACAAGGUGUGCGGUGCAGGGAAACGCCUGAAGAACAUCUGCAGGCAGCUGGUGAAGAAGCUCCGGCAGCAGCUCAGCGAUGCGCUGCAAGAUGACGACAAUCCCCGCUCUGUGUGCACUACCCUGGGGAUGUGCAAAGGCUGAGCGCGGCCAGAGCCCACAUCCUGCGCCCCACAUCCUGUGCCAGAGCCCCACAUCCUGUGCGCAGACCCCACAUCCUGCAUAUGGACCCCAAAACGCAGACCCACAGCCCCGUCCCAGCCCUCCUUCUGCUCCCUGUUCCCAUGCAAUAAAGCCGCUCACCUCUUCUGUC